UCCGGGGGAGGGGGUUUGGGGGUGGGAACCGUUAGAGUCUAACUCCUCCUCAGUUGUGAAGGAAGCUGGAGGACCAGGCGCUGCCGGCGGCUUGUGUUCCAUCACCGACAGUGAAGAGCACUAGCUGACGUGGAAGCAGAGCGGGUCCUUCACAGGCUUCUGUGGGCGCCGUCUUCACUCUCCGAUACAGGACCGCCAUCUGCAAGUAACGACCAAUCACAACUCGGCUCCUCUUACUUUGCUCAGGUGGUGAAAGGGGAAAAGCAGCCAAUCACGGCCCGACUUUCAUCCUGACACCUAAUUGCCACAGCUGGUUGAAAUCGAGAACUGGUAAAACUAUCUACCAACAGCCUGGGAGAGUGCAGGAGCAAGCAGCCGGGGGCGGGAUUACUGGACAGCCAAUCAACGACCGACAUUCCUGUCACAGAACAGCUGGGGAGAGAUGAGGACCAGGAGGUGACUCAGCCAUCUCCAAGGCAACGGGCCAGUCAGCUGCUAGACCUUCUCCUACCCCCACCACACCCUCAUUCCUAGCCAAUUGCUGCACCUUACACCUUUCAUCUUGGAGUACAGGUGUGACUAAAAGUCAACCAAUCAGAGGACCUCUCAUCAAUUCCGGGUGAAGACUAGGAUACACCAGCCAAUCAGAAGAGAGAUUUCCAAACUACUGUGUAGCCAAUCAGCAAUUUUUUUUCCAGUGCCUGUGUUUUAGAGCAGGAGUGCCAUUUUGUGCAGUGAGAUUCUGGGAACCAGCUUGAGUAGACAGAUUUCCCUAAGUGCCAGGGGACCAAUCAAAAGCCACGCGCCAGAAAGGCCAGUGGAGCAAGGCUUUUCCAGCCCUUCUCCCCACCCCAGACUGGGCUCCGCAGAUUCAGGACAGCAAGACACUGACCUCCAUGAAUGGAAAUCGGCACCACAGGACCCGUGGGGGCACAGCCCUUUUUUAUGGUGCCCAGACGGCCUGGCUAUGGCACCAUGGGAAAGCCCAUCAAGCUGCUGGCCAAUUGCUUUCAAGUGGAAAUCCCAAAGAUUGACGUUUACCUCUAUGAGGUGGACAUUAAACCAGACAAAUGUCCUCGCAGAGUUAACAGGGAGGUGGUUGAUUCGAUGGUCCAGCAUUUCAAAGUUACCAUAUUUGGUGACCGUCGACCGGUUUAUGAUGGAAAAAGAAGCUUGUAUACUGCCAAUCCACUGCCUGUAGCAUCUACUGGGGUGGAUUUGGAUGUAACAUUACCAGGAGAAGGAGGAAAAGAUCGUCCCUUUAAGGUCUCCAUCAAAUUUGUUUCUCGAAUAAGCUGGCACCUACUGCAUGAAGUACUAACUGGAAGGUCCCUCCCCGAGCCAUUGGAACUGGACAAGCCAAUAAGUACCAACCCAGUCCAUGCUGUUGAUGUUGUGUUACGCCAUCUGCCCUCCAUGAAGUACACCCCUGUAGGACGCUCGUUCUUUUCUGCACCUGAAGGGUAUGAUCACCCCUUGGGAGGCGGAAGAGAAGUCUGGUUUGGGUUCCAUCAAUCUGUCCGACCUGCCAUGUGGAAAAUGAUGCUUAAUAUAGAUGUUUCUGCCACUGCCUUCUACAAAGCACAACCAGUUAUCCAGUUCAUGUGUGAAGUUCUAGAUAUUCAUAACAUAGAUGAACAACCGCGACCUCUGACCGAUUCUCACCGGGUAAAAUUCACCAAAGAGAUAAAGGGUCUGAAGGUUGAAGUGACUCAUUGUGGAACAAUGAGACGGAAAUACCGUGUUUGUAAUGUGACAAGGAGGCCUGCCAGCCAUCAAACCUUUCCUUUACAGCUGGAGAAUGGGCAGACCGUGGAAAGAACAGUUGCUCAGUACUUUAGAGAAAAGUAUAAUCUCCAGCUGAAGUAUCCUCAUUUGCCCUGUCUGCAAGUUGGACAGGAACAAAAACACACAUACCUGCCUCUGGAAGUCUGUAACAUUGUAGCUGGCCAACGAUGUAUUAAGAAGUUGACUGACAAUCAGACAUCCACUAUGAUCAAAGCAACAGCUCGGUCUGCUCCAGACAGACAGGAGGAGAUCAGCAGGCUGGUUAGAAGUGCAAAUUACGAUGCAGAUCCUUUUGUUCAAGAAUUCCAGUUUAAAGUUCGAGAUGAAAUGGCUCAUGUGACGGGAAGAGUACUUCCAGCGCCAAUGUUGCAGUACGGAGGGAGGAAUCGCACAGUGGCAACUCCGAGUCAUGGGGUCUGGGACAUGCGGGGAAAACAAUUCCACACUGGUGUGGAGAUCAAAAUGUGGGCCAUUGCAUGCUUUGCAACGCAAAGGCAGUGCAGGGAAGAAAUCUUGAAGGGAUUCACAGACCAGCUAAGGAAGAUAUCAAAGGAUGCAGGGAUGCCCAUUCAGGGUCAGCCAUGCUUCUGCAAAUACGCGCAGGGCGCGGACAGUGUGGAGCCAAUGUUCAGACACCUCAAAAACACUUACUCUGGGCUCCAGCUCAUUAUUGUCAUACUGCCAGGAAAAACACCAGUAUAUGCGGAGGUAAAGCGUGUUGGAGACACAUUGCUGGGUAUGGCCACUCAGUGUGUCCAAGUGAAGAAUGUAAUAAAAACAUCUCCUCAAACACUCUCAAAUUUGUGCCUAAAAAUUAAUGUAAAAUUGGGAGGAAUUAACAAUAUCCUAGUUCCACACCAACGACCGUCUGUUUUCCAACAACCUGUGAUCUUCUUAGGAGCAGAUGUUACUCACCCUCCUGCUGGUGAUGGCAAAAAGCCUUCAAUUGCUGCUGUUGUAGGCAGUAUGGAUGCACACCCGAGCCGAUACUGUGCCACAGUUAGGGUGCAACGCCCUCGGCAGGAGAUUAUCCAUGAUCUUGCCUCCAUGGUGAGGGAGCUUCUUAUCCAGUUCUACAAAUCCACAAGGUUCAAACCCACCCGAAUCAUCUUUUACAGAGAUGGUGUGUCAGAAGGACAGUUCCGACAGGUGUUGUAUUAUGAGCUGCUAGCAAUCAGAGAAGCCUGCAUUAGUCUGGAGAAAGACUACCAGCCUGGAAUCACAUACAUUGUAGUACAGAAAAGACACCAUACAAGACUGUUCUGUGCGGACCGAACUGAAAGGGUUGGAAGAAGUGGCAACAUACCAGCUGGGACGACGGUGGAUACAGAUAUAACUCAUCCAUAUGAGUUUGACUUUUACCUCUGCAGUCAUGCUGGAAUACAGGGUACUAGCAGACCUUCUCACUAUCACGUCUUGUGGGAUGACAACUGUUUCACUGCUGAUGAACUCCAGCUGCUGACCUACCAGCUGUGCCACACAUACGUGCGAUGCACUCGAUCUGUCUCCAUCCCUGCUCCUGCGUAUUAUGCCCAUCUUGUGGCAUUCAGAGCUAGGUACCAUCUUGUGGACAAAGAGCAUGAUAGUGCUGAAGGAAGCCACGUAUCUGGUCAAAGCAAUGGUCGGGACCCACAAGCCCUUGCCAAGGCAGUGCAAAUUCACCAGGAUACCUUACGUACCAUGUACUUCGCAUGAGAGCGACUGUAGACCCCAAACAUGCACAGGUUUGACUUAAUACAAGGAACCUGAAGGAUCUCAUGUGGGUUUUCAGGGCCCAGCGGGGUGGUUCCCUUUCACAGAAAUCUCCUGACCUCCCGUUUCUCCCCAGCAUUCUCUUCUGGCUUGCACUGAAGCCCAGGCGCAAUGAUUGAGGGGCGGGCUAGUCCUGGGAAUAGAAGAUCAUUGAGGAACACAGCACUAUUAUGCAAUAUGAAACCAGCCAACUGCUAGAUUGUUGUAAUGGAGCCUCCACUUGGAUGCACUGCUUAUGUUUUGUGUUACUUUUAAUUUCCAAUAUUUAAUCCUUUUAUGCCUUUACCUCAAAUUGCUCUGCAGCAUUGGCUGUCUUUGCAAAAAAAAAGGAAAAAAAAAUCACAAAAAGACAAAAGCAAAUUAUAGGGAUGUGUGAGAGUAUGUCUGAAUAUCUGUACGGGGGGGGGGGGGGCUUUGUAUGGGCAACAAAGGUAUAAUACUGUGUAUUUGAGAUACAGCAGUAUGGCCUAACUGCUGUAUUUCUUUGAUUGCUUUUAAUAUAGUACUUAUCUUGUAGCAGAAAGUGAUUUAUGAAAAGACUAAUAUCUGUUCUAUGUAACCUCUGUGCCCCUUUUGGUGGUAUUGGAGUGAUUUUUAACACUCCAGCUAUACAGGGGUAACGCCUCUCGUGUGCCCAGGUAUUUAGUAUCUGUAUACACAAAUGUAUGUGUGUACCUAUACAAUAUGUGUCUGUAAGUGCAAGUGGACAUUAGAGCUGAAAUAUGAGGAUGUUGUGCAAAAAAAUAUGGGGUUUAGAAUUGUGGCACAGCUGUCUUUUUUUUUUUUUUUUUCCAUUUUACUUUUUCAAAUUAGGUUUUUCUUAUUUUUAAUAUGUGCACAUCUCUCAGUACUCCCUGCUCAUUUUCCCCUCUCCACCAAUUAAAAUGAUCCAAGUUGGUACUGGGAAUGUUGUGUGUGCCUAGUAAGGCCAUGCAGCUGCCAGAGUAAUCGAAACUUGUGAGGAUGGUUGUAAUCUGUCACAUCUGAGGCUACCACUGCCUUACUCCUAGAAUCAUUGCAAGCUCUGGGCAUGCGCAAUGAAGAUGCUGUGAUGUGCUCUGCCCAGGGCGCACUUCUGGGAGUUGGGAAGUAACCACUUCCAUUGCUGGAUGGGAGUUUUGGCAGUACAAGAUAACUGUCUUGACCAUUCCAUUUUAUGUCAGUUACUGGGCAUUUAUUACCUGUAUGGUGGCAGGUCUACAACUGGCUUUACGAUAGCCAAAGCUAGCACAUGUUUCUCUUUAGUGUUUAGUCUAGAGACUAAUAAAACUACUCUAAAUGCCUCUAUUUAAUAACAUUUUGCAAAGAGCACUGAUGUUUAAUUUACUCCUAGCAACCAUACUUUGGCUGUUUAGUGUAGUGAAAGCAAGGUCAAUUGUGCUAACUGGUUGCUUUGGGCUUUUGUCAUUUUUUUUUUCUCUUAAAACAGUACACCUAAAGCAAUUUAAAAUUUGGGCAGAUGCUGGCAAUGUUAAUUUCCCACUAGCUUUGUUUACCUAUUGUGAACGUUGGUUGUGAGAUGGUCCAUAAUUCCCUGGUGCAACCAUCUUGUCCACUGCAAGGGUGUUUAACUCACCCUGUUAGGGUUUUAUUUGAUUAACUGUAUUACGAGGACGCAGGAGGGGUAGUGAAAUGCCAUAGAUGAGAGAGCCAGGUAUUUUGUAUUAGAAGUCUCACUGUUGGGGUAUUAAGUGAUAACCAAGCAGUGAGUGAUUCAGCUCACCGGUGUCCACAUCUUGUUUUGAGUAGACUAAUUCUCUAAAGUUUAAGUACAUUUUUGCACUACCUAGCAUCUCUUAUCCACCUACAUUCAUCUUAUCCCAUCUAGUCAUCAAAAUCAUACCUCCGAUGGACAGAUUCUACAUAUAGCCUGUUGUCUUUGGUUCUGCAAGUGUUCAAAUUGGAGUAUACUACAACAUUGGUCUGUAAGUGCUGUCUGGCUGAGAACUGUGUUUGCAUGUGAGGUGUGAUUUAUUUAAAAAAAUAUUUAUUUUUACAUUUUUUAAUGGCUAGCUGAUUAUGGAGGGGUAGGGAUGUUGGGUAGUGCAAAAAAAAGCACACUUGCCAUUUAAAUGGAGGCUAUACUCUUUUUAUAUGCAUUGUUUUGCUUUCCUUCAUGGUCUCAAGAAACAGCUCAAAUAUCCCUGGCCACUCCUGCAUCUCAAUCUUUAUUCAUGAUUAUAAUACCAAAACAGUCUGAUCAAAUCUUUAAAUCACAUUAGUUUGUAUGCUGCAAGUUUCCCCACCUUUGCACUCCAGGGGAGCUAGAUGAUUUUGCACCCUACUGAAUCAAGUAGGAAUCUGCUACAGUAAGGUGGGGAAAUUAACAUUUUUGAUCUAUGUAAUAUACUCAUUUUCAUGGAAGUUAUGCUUUUCUAGUACUUUAUUUUUUUUUAUAUUUAUUAGUCAUGACACUAAUUUAAUUGUUUCAGAACAUAUUCUGUGCAACUUUUUUUAAUCUUAAAAAAAAUACUGUGUGUGCGUCUGUGUAACUGACAAAUCUAUGUUUUUAUUUUGCUCUCUUUUUAGUGCAAUAAGCAUAAAUUAAUUUAAACCCGUUAAUGCCAAAGAUGCCCGCAGAGCAUUGCCGGCUCCUCUGGCUAGUUUGGGUUUAACCAUAUGUAAAAGCCUUAAUUAUGAAAUGAAGGUGUCAAAAUAAGAAACUUUAGAACACUGAAACUUGUCUACCCAGAAAUAUUGUGGGAGGAUUGUGUUCCCAUAAGUGAAAUGGUGCAAUGAUUGGUACUUAAUGCUUUAUACACCCAACACAAAGUUUUUAUAUUUUAUUUGGACCAAUAGGCUUUCCUUACUGCAUUGUGUGCUAAAGUGUUCUAAUUUGUGAAGGGCAUUGUUUAUAUGUUACAUCUGGAAUGGAACCUGUAGGUUUAUUUAAUCACAUGGUGCAAGCAAGAUAAAUUGAGAUUCAUAUCAUUCAUUCGGUAUGAUUUGUUGUGCCCUAAUAUUAGUCUACAGCUUUUGCAGCGCCUAAAGACUGUAAGGCUUACUACCUUAAAGGGUUUGUAAAGGAUUUUUUUUUUAUCUUAAUAGCUUCCUUUACCUUAAUGCAGUGCUGUUUUCAUGUC